AGGCGGCGCUGCCCCAGCGGUCGUCAGAUCUUGCGCCUCCCCAGCCGUAUGAGGAGAUGGUCUGGAAGCAGGAUAUUGACUCGCUAAUUCGCUCGGAAUAAAUGGACAUUGCAACCCUUGUCCAACUGAUGGCAUUUAAGCAUCCGGAUUGUCGCGUCCUGGACGUCGGCGGACAGAAUAGUCAGGUUUUGCUGGGCUUGAUGCCAAAUCUUCAGCUCACGGCCACAGGGACAACGGCCGAGGAUGUUAAGGAACUGCAGAAGGCCCUCAUGGAGCACCCACAGGUACAGAAAAGGCAGCUGCUACUAUGUGAGGACCUGGAGCCACAGGCUUUGAAGCCAGCAUGCUACGAUUUUGUCAUUAGCCAUGAGGUGCAGAAUAGAGAUGAGCUGAGACGACUGCGCACGUUACUUGUGACCGGCGGUCGUCUUGCGCUCCCUGCUUCAUCUAGUUUCGACGAUGACGCGUACAAUGCUGCCAAUCUAACAGUUACUUCUCUGGAUGCUGGCAAGUACAUUGUGGGGACUGCCUUCGAAACCGACAACCAGGGUCUUAGUGAUGGAAGCGAGAGCCGCAAUAUUCGAAUCGUCCACGGCCAGCGCCAACCAUCGAUCCUUCAACCGGUUGUCGCCUCUCUGAAAAAGCGCGCGUUUGUAACGGCAGUCUCGAGCCUACAGGAUUCGAUUGAUCCUGGUGAGCACAUUAUCAUGAUAGCCGAGUACGAGGAGCCUCUCCUCUCUGCUAUCAGCGAGACGGAUUAUAUCCGGCUACAGGACCUCCUCGCCAAAACGGGCUCUCUUCUAUGGGUGACUGCAGGUUCGCUCGCUGCCGGGAAAAAGCCCGAGUUCGCAAUGGCAGCCGGACUCCUCCGAGCGAUGAAGUCGGAGCAGGCCUCGCUGAACGUCACAGCCAUCGACUUCGACCCGGACACGACUCCCCUUGAGACGAUCACCGCGGUUAUCGCACUCAGGGCUGAACAGCAGGUCCAGCGAAAAAUCAUCCCUGGAACCGGAGUAUUGGGUCUCUGGGCCGAAUACACUGAUCAGCCGACUGCAGCCGCACCGUGAGUUGAACCUUGCAUACGCCGUGGAAGAGAGCAAGACCAUCCCAAGGCCGUUUAGGGGGCAGGAGCCUAUUGUUGGGCAUUUGCGGUCUGGAAAGGUGGCCUUAUGCAAGAUUCUAGGGUUGAGCAAUCUUUGCGUCCCACGGAAGUCGAGGUCAGGGUGGAACUCACGGGCUUGAACAGGGAAGAUGUGAUGGUCAUUACUGGGGUGGACUACCCUUCUGCAUUCAGCCGUGAGAUCGGCGGUGCCAUUUCCCGCAUUGGAAAUGCCGUGCAGAAUGUAUCAAUUGGAGAUGUCGUUAUAGGCUUCAGCUUCGACAGAUUCG